AGGGGAGGCGCCCUCGCUCGGGGCCACCGCGCUCCAGCGCCCUCUCCAAGAAUUUUCGAAAGCGCUGCGGGAAGAAGACGUCUCCGGGAAGCCGGUGCCUGCGGCGGCGUCUCCUGCUACCCUGCGGUGCCACCUCGGCGACCGUGCCCUCCGUGACGACCCCUGACCAGCCGGGGUCGCGGUCCCAGACCUACGAUCAUCAUGAAACGCUGGGUCGCCGCCUGGUUCUUGGUUGGGCUCAGUCUCUGCGUACCCCAGUUCGGCAAAGGUGAUAGUUGUGAUCCCAAUCCAUGUGAAAAUGGUGGCAUCUGUCUCUCAGGACUGACUGACGACUCGUUUUCCUGCGACUGUCCAGAUGGUUUCACUGACCCCAACUGCUCUAGUGUUGUGGAGGUUGCAUCAGAGGAAGAGCCAACGUCAGCAGGUCCCUGCAUUCCUAAUCCAUGCCACAAUGGAGGAACCUGUGAAAUCAGUGAGGCAUACCGCGGGGACACAUUCAUCGGCUAUGUUUGUAAAUGCCCUCGGGGAUUUAACGGGAUUCACUGUCAACACAACAUAAAUGAGUGUGAAGCUGAGCCCUGCAGAAAUGGUGGAAUAUGUACAGACCUUGUUGCUAACUAUUCCUGUGAGUGCCCAGGAGAGUUUAUGGGGAGAAAUUGUCAAUAUAAAUGCUCAGGCCCACUGGGAAUUGAAGGAGGAAUCAUAUCAAAUCAGCAGAUCAGCGCUUCGUCUACACACCGAGCCCUUUUCGGGCUCCAGAAGUGGUACCCUUACUAUGCUCGCCUUAAUAAGAAGGGACUCAUUAACGCCUGGACAGCCGCAGAGAAUGACAGAUGGCCAUGGAUUCAGAUAAAUUUGCAAAGGAAAAUGAGGGUUACUGGUGUGAUUACCCAAGGAGCAAAGAGGAUUGGAAGCCCAGAGUACAUAAAAUCCUACAAAAUUGCCUACAGUAAUGAUGGAAAGACUUGGGCCAUGUACAAAGGAAAAGGCACCAACGAAGAUAUGGUGUUCCGUGGAAAUGUUGAUAAUAACACACCCUAUGCUAACUCUUUCACACCCCCAAUCAAAGCUCAGUAUGUAAGACUCUAUCCCCAAGUGUGUCGAAGGCACUGCACUUUGAGAAUGGAAUUACUCGGCUGUGAACUAUCAGGCUGUUCUGAGCCUCUGGGGAUGAAGUCAGGGCACAUACAAGACUACCAGGUCACUGCCUCCAGCGUCUUCAGGACGCUCAACAUGGACAUGUUUACUUGGGAGCCGCGGAAAGCCCGGCUAGACAAGCAAGGCAAAGUCAACGCCUGGACCUCUGGCCACAAUGACCAGUCGCAGUGGUUGCAGGUGGAUCUUCUUGUCCCUACCAAAGUGACCGGCAUCAUCACACAAGGAGCAAAAGAUUUUGGUCAUGUUCAGUUUGUUGGUUCAUACAAACUAGCUUACAGCAAUGAUGGAGAACACUGGACCGUGUACCAGGAUGAAAAACAGAGAAAAGAUAAGGUUUUCCAGGGUAAUUUUGACAACGACACCCACAGGAAAAAUGUCAUCGACCCUCCAAUCUAUGCACGGCAUGUACGAAUCCUGCCUUGGUCCUGGUACGGGAGGAUCACCCUGAGGUCAGAGCUGCUGGGCUGCACAGAGGAGGAAUGAAGCGACCCGCAUCCCACAGUGCUCUGCGUAACUUCCUUCCAAGUAUCUCCACGGAAUGAACAGUGCAAAUCUGAUGGAAAAUGAAUGUUUCUUUUUUUGUUUGUUUGUUUCAGGAAGAUGUACUCAAAUUAUGGUAGGCCACUGUCUUUUCAGAGUGUCUAAGCCUGCCCUUUCUGACAAUUUCAUUUUAUGUUUACUGUUCAACUUUCUUAACAUCACACUAAUUGUGACUUAUUUGCUUGUUUUCUAAAUUAUAUUCAUUGAUCGAAAUGUAUUAGGCAAAGCAACUAGCUUUUCUCUAGCAAAGUAAAGAGACUAAUAGUUAUGAAUAUAAGAGCUGAUAGAGCUUUUACAGUCACUAUCCAACUAAUCCUUAAGAAAGAAAUGUUACAAUGUUAGCAAUAAGGUUUUUGUUUUUUUUUUUUUUUUUUGGUAAUGAAUCUGUAUUAUCUUGUUUCCCUGUGCCUAACAUGGUCAAUAUUUAUAACAGAUAUUUUAGAAAGACUCUAUAAUAUUGUAGUACCAAUUAUUAUAACCAUCAUCAUUUUCUUUUCACUAUUUUUAGUCAGAAAGUAGGUAACAACAUUUAGUUAUUUCUGAUUCAAGUCCAUUAUUUAUAUUAUUCCCACAAUAAAUCAGGAUUCUUUUCAAAGGACUAUUCUCCUACUAUUUAUCUCAAAGAGGUUGUGUUUAUUUAUGUACAUGAAACAUACAUUUAUACAUAUUAAAACUGAUUGAAUAUCAGAAUAUUGAUCUAUACUUGAUAUCAGAUAAUUGAAUUGAAUUUUUUAUUUUUGAAAGAAAAUAUAAUCAUGUAAUUUCCAAGUAAUUCAUUUAUGAAUGCCAUAUAGCCAUUUUGCUAAAAAGAACAACAAAAUUGCCAUGCCCCUUAAAUUUAUAUCUUUACUUUCUUUGAAAUAAUAGAUUUUUGUGUAUUUAAAAAUAUUAGCUAGCAUAUAUGAACACAUUGAUGCACAGCUUGGCCAAGCAUACUCAUUUCUUCUUUCAGCUCCCUGUUCCCUGUGAAAUGAAAAUUACAUUGAUAUUUGAAACUGGUGUUGGUUUCCCAGGAAAGCAUAUUACAUAAUUAUUUGUGAGAAGCAAAGCAUUUACUAAUGAAAAAGUUAUAAACCAUUUUCAAAAUGAAAAUUGAUUUCUAUUUAUUUUGCUUCAAAGGCCCUAGAAAAAUAACGCUCAUCAUAACAGUUUAUUAUUGAUAAUGGAGGCUUCAUUGGCAUGUGGCUCGAGUUAAAGUGCACACUGCCUCCAUAAAUGUCUCCAAUAUCUAAUUUAUAAGCUUUACAAGUAUUUAUUUUAAAAGGCUUAGGCACAGAAUUAUGGAAGUUUUAAAUCAAAGGUCCUAGAAAAGAAAGGAUGGCAUGGGUACGAAAUGUUAAGGCCCUGCACAACACAGCUGUUUUUAGUUUUUAUUUUCUGUCUUCACUGUUUGUGCAGCAUUAAAAGACCCACUACACUGUUAUUACACUGUCUGUCCAUCCAUGUGUCAGCAGAUUUUUAAUUGUGUAUAUAUGGAGUGCUCUUCAAAUAGUAGGGGAUGUAAAGGGAAAAUCAAUAGCAUUGGCAUUUUUAAUAACAGCACAUUUAUUGUUAUAGCGUGAUGGUCUGGCCAUAGAGUUUUUCCUGACCCACAUUCUUUCUACUUCAUAUACUUAUUACAAACCCCUUGUAUUUCAGAAUCUAAAAUGGUGACCAGUUUUCAACAUUUUUUCACAAGAAAACAAGGAUGCCCGCAAUAUCAUCUGGCUAGGUAACCUUUAAAAACAUGAAUGUUAGCCACUUCAAGUGGCUAAAUUUAAAAAAUAAUAUUAUUAAAAGUACACACACAUACUGCCCAGUCCAUGGUCCGUAUUUAUUUCAGGAAUAACUGUUCUAUUCAAAUCUAGAUUUUUUAUUUUCAGAUUCUUCAUUCUUAACACAGAGAUAACAAAUACUGCCUAAUGUUAAUUUUUUUUCAAAUUAUUCAUGGAUUCAUGUGAUAUCUUGAGGUUUAGAAGUAUGUUUUACAAGGGAUUAGUUAAAAAUGACAUUUGUUAACUUUUGGCAAGUCACUGAAUGGAUUUUCUUUGUGUGUGCUUUUUCUGUCUGCUUAAUGUGCUCUUGAUGCACAGUGGGAUAUCUAUUUGUCAGCCAAAGGAUUUGAGGCACAGGAAAAGCUGAUAGUUAUUGCAAAGUAGCUUCCCUGUUACUUGUUUCAAUGACUUCAAAGAAAAACAAAUAUAUUUUAUUUUACUUCUCACUACAAGUAACAUCUCCUGAACAAAAGACACAGAAUUACCUAGUUUAUAACAUAUUAAGUAAUUAUGCUAAUUUUGUAAAUUAUGAUAAUAAUUUUUAAUAUCUCCAUUUUAUGAAUCUUCUAUUAAAUGCAUCUGUCAUAGUCACUAACCCCUACCUUAAAAUAGACUUUCUUUUUGUGACUGACUUCAUAAAGAUUAAUGUGAAUUUUGAAGUCAUGGGGUACUAAUGAUGGUAUCUUUACUAGUCAACAAAUUAUGAAAUAUAGCUUUGAAUGCAGGCAUCUGAAAUGUCAGUAAGUACCGACAUAUCUAAGACACAUGUAACUUGCAAACUUUCAAACUGUGUAAUAUUCCAAUGUUGUUUAUUUUUUCCUUUGUAUAUAUAGUUAAAUCAUGUAGGAUGUUGUAAACUCAGUAUGACCUUGUCUAGUCUUCAAACUUCAAAUAAACUUUUGAAAAUCUGUGA